CUGAAGGAAAUCCUUGUCAAAACCGGCACUUUAAGUAGAACCCGAGCGCAUCUACACAAAAAAGUGUUCGAGAUCCUAAACAAUGAAGUCGAACCACCAGAAGAGCCGCCGCCCGAAAAUACGUUGAUCAAUGCGCUGAUUUACGAAUACUUGACCUUCAAUCACUACGACAAUACUGCUGAGGUUCUGAAUCUUGAGUCCGGACAGCCGAGAAAUAGACUCACUAAAGCAGAUGUCAUGUCCAAACUUGGUAUCCAGUCGUCGAACACAUCGUCGUAA